AAGUCAUUAGCAAACAACUGUCUUCCUAACUGCCAUAACGUUUCACACAUACUGUAAUCCUUAUCAAGCAUUGCCUGAAGGCUGAACACUGAUCCCGUUGAAAGACAAAGAGCGAAAAUGCACUAGAGCACCUUUUGAACAGUAUCCGGAUAGAAUUCAAGGGAAAGUGCUGGUAUGAAAAUAACAUGACAUGACACUCAAUCGCGGUCAUUACAAUUAAUCACUAUGUGACUGUUUGGGACUUUAAUACAACGAGUCAAGUGUCACAACAAACCCCACAACAAGGAACUAGAAAUGAAGCCCUCGUUUGUUUUGCUAACUCUGGUUUUGUUCGGUUUUGCUGUCCAUAUCGAAGCAGCUAAAAUAGCAGUGCUUCUGUUCCCUACAGCCAGCCAUUUCUUCAUGAUGGAGUCGGUUGGCCAGAAGCUGGAGUCGAGAGGUCACCAGGUUACGUAUCUCAUGUGGUCAGUUGAACCAUUGUUUGAAAAAGCUCAAGUCAAAUCGAAGAUUUUGUUCCACAUACCGAAAUAUCCGAAAGGAUACUUCCUACAGCAAACAGCUAAUAAAGUCAUCAAGGACGGAUACAUGUCGUUAAGUUUUAUGGAAAAAUUCAUUUCACUGCUGACCGAAAUGUGCGAUGCAUUGCUGAGCAACAAAGAUAUCUUAAAGAAACUGAAAGAAUACGACAUGCUUUUUGCUGAUAAGGCUCUUUUUGGUUGUGGCAACUUAUUGAAAGAAAAAGUCGGCAUUCCUACCAUAGUUGACUUUUCGUCCUGGGGGUUUAACGACUUCAACAACUGGCAAAAUGGUAUCUCCUGGCAUUUAUCMUCCAUUCCUGCAGAUGGGAUCUACAACACGAGAGAACAUGGGAUUCCUUUCUUGUGGCGUGCGGCUAAUGUUCUUGCAUAUCUUCUUAUCAAUAURUUAGGAAAAGCGGCAACAAGACUUGUAAUGGGCUCUCUAAAGAGCAAACAUGGAAUCGCUCCGGAUAAGUCGUUCCCGCAAAUUAUAUCCGAAACUGACCUUGUUCUGAUGCCAAUUGACUGGUCAAUAGAAUGGCCACGCCCUGUUCCACCUAAUGUAAAAGUUAUUGGACCAACAACGCCAAAACAAUCCAAGCCAUUGCCUGAAGAUUUGGAUACAUUUAUGCGAUCUGCAAGCAAAGGAAUUGUACUAGUAUCAUUCGGAAGCAUGGCAAGUUCUUUAGAUGACACACGUUCCAAGAUUCUCUCGGAAGCUUUCUCGAUGCUGCAAGGUUACAAGGUUUUGUGGAAGUACAAAAAGUCAUUUCCUGAUGUGAAGAACCUGAAGAUUGUAUCAUGGGUCCCUCAAAAUGACAUUCUUGGUCAUUCAAGCCUUAGACUCUUCAUGACUCAUGGCGGUGUUAACAGCGUCUAUGAAGCUGCAUAUCAUGGCGUACCAAUGCUUAUUACUCCUCUUUGGGGAGACCAAGCUGGCAAUGCUGCCAAAGUAAAAACAGCUGGGUUUGGAGAAUCUGUAAAUAUCAGAACAGGAGAUAAUUUUACUGCAGAGCAUAUUGCUGUGCAAAUGAAUAGAAUACUGGACAAYCCUAGAUAUAAAACAAAUGCCAUUAAAGUGUCAAAACUGUUACAAGAUCGCCGUCAACCAUCAACAGAAGAUGCUGCUGACUGGAUGGAAUAUGUAUUGAAACAUAACGGUACAYGYCACCUUCGGCCAAACUCCACACAGUUACCAUUUUACCAAUAUUUYUUACUAGAUGUCAUCUCUUUCCUAUUGGGUGUUAUAUUUGUGCUUUUAUUCAUUGUCUAUAAAUCCUGUAAGUUUGUUAAAUACAAGUACUGGUUUAAAGGAACAAAGCAAAAACUUCAAUGAGGCUGUGAUUACUGUCAAACUGAAUCUAUAGAGCCUCAACACCACUGUGUAACUGCWUUUAGUACAGUUGGAAUGGACCAUGGUCCAUAUAAUCAAAGAAGAAACAGUCUUGAUCACAAGAGCUGAAUGAAAUAGUUGAUAUGGGAUGGAAAAGAUGUCUUUUUCUUCAUUUCAGGAACGUCAGAUUGUGUCAUGCACAGAGCAGUCCAAGCGCUUAGUCAAUAGUCUUCUUCACAGUUCCCAGCGCCAUCUUGAAAGAUAGCCGUGCCUUUGCAUCGAAGC